CGUUUGUGAUUUUCUCCGCAUGCUGUCACCGUCUUUUUUCAAUUUCACACUGAAUGGUUAGUGAACAAUAUUAAUUAGGAGUGUAAUUACUUCUGUUGUAUUUAAUUUUUCGAUAGUUUUUUGCAUCCAAUAAAUCAUUGAACGAUAAGCAAUGGCUCCUAAAAUCGAUCCAACUGAAGUUAAAGUUGUCAAUUUGAGAUGUGUCGGAGGAGAAGUUGGUGCUACUUCAUCCCUGGCUCCCAAAAUUGGUCCUCUAGGUUUGUCUCCCAAGAAAGUUGGUGACGAUAUUGCCAAAGCUACAGCUGAUUGGAAAGGUUUGAAAAUUACCGUUCAAUUGAGAAUUCAGAACAGAGUUGCCACCAUCUCCGUAGUACCGUCAGCAGCCUCUUUAAUUAUUAAAGCUUUGAAAGAACCUCCUAGAGAUCGUAAGAAGGUCAAGAAUGUAAAACACAAUGGUAACAUUACCAUGGAAGAAGUUAUUAAUAUCGCCAGAGUUAUGAGACCCAGAUCGAUGGCAAACAAAUUAGAAGGAACCGUCAAAGAAGUUUUAGGAACCUGUCAAUCCGUUGGAUGCACUGUUGAUGGAAAACCACCACACGACAUCAUUGACGAAAUCAAUGACGGAGAAGCUGAUAUACCAGAGGAAUAACUAUAAAUUUAAUAUAUGAUGCUUCAAAAUAAAUUGUUUUCUACGUUGUUC